AUGACGGAUAUAAAUAGUUUAUUUGAUUGCUUCGAAGAACCAGCUUUAAAUGAAGCCGCCACCAAAUUACCAAAUGUUAAAAGUGAAGAAGAAACGCCAGCAACCAAGACGGAAGAUGUUAAAAAAGAACAAAGUAUAGAAGCGUCGCCUAGUAAUAAGCGUCCCCAUGAAGAAGUUCAGUAUGCAGACACUUCUAAGAAGCUCAGACAAGAAGAGGAAGACGAUUCCGAUAUUAUAAGUGACAUUAAUCUCAACAAUCUUGGUGCAAGGAUACUUAUACACACUCUUGAUACACAUGAAGGCUGUACACAUGAAGUGGCGAUACCCCCUAAUCAAGAAUAUGCACAACUAAUGCCGAUUACAUCAGAACCAGCUAAGCAAUACAGUUUUAUCCUGGAUCCGUUCCAAAAGGAAGCUAUCAUGUGCAUUGACAACUUACAAUCAGUACUUGUAUCAGCUCAUACAUCUGCCGGAAAGACUGUUGUUGCAGAGUAUGCAAUAGCACUAUCACUAAAAAACAAACAGAGGGUAAUUUACACAACACCUAUCAAGGCUCUCUCUAAUCAGAAGUACAGGGAAUUCUCGGAAGAGUUUCAUGAUGUGGGUUUGAUUACUGGUGACGUUACUAUCAAUCCAUCUGCUUCAUGUUUGAUAAUGACAACUGAGAUUCUAAGAAAUAUGUUAUACAGAGGUUCAGAGAUUAUGAGAGAAGUUGGUUGGGUUGUGUUUGAUGAGAUCCAUUAUAUGAGGGACAAGGAAAGAGGUGUUGUGUGGGAAGAAACACUGAUCUUGCUACCCGACAAUCCGUGUCAUGUUAUAUACACUGAAUACAGACCCACACCUCUCCAGCAUUAUAUAUUCCCCGCCAGUGGAGAUGGAAUUCAUCUUGUAGUGGAUGAAAAGGGUCAAUUCAAAGAGGAUAACUUCAAUACAGCUAUGACGGUCUUGAGUAACGCGGGCGGAGCGUCUUCGGGGGGCUGA